UCGCACUGGAAACGGCAUCCAAUUGAUCCAAACUAUAGAUCCCUAUUUGAGACAUAACCAGAACUAUGACGACCAAUAAAAAUAAAUAACUACUUUCACUUAAUUACAGGCUCUAUUGACCCUUCAAAAAAUUAAUCAAUAAUUGUUAUUAUCCACUCAAGAAGAUAACCAAUCUUAUUAAUUAACUAGACGCUAUUUAUAACAGCGUAAACUAAAGGCUCUCCUUACUUUUUACAAUAAACGGUAAAUUGAUUGCCCAUCAAAAACCCAAGAGAACUUUCUCAAAAACCUUGUUUACAAGCUACAAGCUUUCUUUUACUAAGCUCAGAGAAUCAGUGCAGCGAAGCGAAAAGUAACUGUGGACUGUGGAAAGCCAUCGGGAAGAGUAUACGAUCAAAGAGUUCAGUAAGGCCUUAGUCGCGACGCGGUCAAGGCGGCGGUAACGUCCGCUUAAAAAAAAACUUUAAAAAAACAUACGCGCGCGCUCCCGGCUGUCAAAAAAAGGUUCUUUAUACUAGCACCCAAGUUGUUCAGUUUAAAAGUUAAAAUUGUGAUAAAGAAAUGGUGAUUGUGAGUUUGUGACUUGAACAGCUUUCACAAUGGGUCCUCCCAUCCCCGUGUGGCCGCCAUGUCGCCCGGGAGCCGCCAUCUUGUCGCCGGCUGACAGAUCCGUGUUGCUGAAGGUGUCUGUCUGUCUGUUCGUGCUUCACACGCUGCUGCAGGGUGCCAGGGCGGGGCCGGUUAUAUUUAAUGUGGACUAUUUACAAGGUCCAGUGCCACUAGCUAGGAAUAUACGUCACUUGCCAUGUAUAUCAAGAAGAACAGGCGCAGAAGGCCUCUGCAUGUUCGCAAUAGACUGCCUCAAAGCCAACGGCACACAUCUAGGAACAUGUAUAGACAGGUUCUACUUCGGAUCCUGCUGCCAAGUACAGGACAAAACAGUAAUACCUAUUAACAACAUAGAAGAUAACUCCAUAGAUGGCGCUAACUUCGUCCAUCCACAAACAGAAGAUAAAACUACAAUUAAAGUUGAAAAAGUUGAAGUAACUACUGCAAAAACGACAGUAGCAGAUAAAAUAGAAAUGGAGACUAAGUCUGAUGAUCUAGAUAAUAAGAUACCUGAUGAUAAAACUACUGAUCAAGAGGUUACAACUAAAGCUGUUAAACCUGAAGAAGUCACAGAAAUUCCUGUUAAACUAUCUACAUUCCAGACUGUUUCUGGAGAUUUAGUCACUGAAAAAUCAACGACGGAAGCGAUUAAAACUACUGUUACAACAAUAAAGCCAAGUAGAAAACCAGUUACUUAUAAACCUAGACCGACGUACAGACCUACCAACUUCACCAAGCCUCAGUAUAUACAGCCAAAUAGACCAAAACCAACUAAACCUUUAUCAGUAUACAACACUACUAGAAAACCUAUUUAUCGACCCCCACCUAAACUACCUUCAACCAAAAAGCCUCUACCCAUCCCUCCUAGACUAAAUAUAACUAUUUUACCACAAUCUACUAGCUCCAGACCUAUUUUCACUAGACCACUAUCAACUAUAACAUUUAUAAAUGCAACACAAGAAACUACUUCAACGACGACAACAGAAACUCCAACAACUGAGAAAAUUAUUGAAACUGAAGCAACUACUCAACCUACAACAACAUCAACAACAACAACAACAACAACUACAACAACAACAACAACAACAACAGAACCACCAACAACAACAACAGAACUCCCAACAACAGUAGCACCUACAACAGAAGUAACAACAGAACUGGUCACUGAAACAACAGAAAAGCAAGUAACUGAGACUGAAGAGCCAACAACAGAAAGAUCUACAGACUACCCUCCUUUAGUAACCUGGUCGAGUACGGUGGACGCUGCCACCAAGGCGCCAGAAAACAUCACUACUACUUCUGAUGAAAUAUGGUCUCCUAUUACCCCACCAGACGGCUGGGUGCUGUUGACUGUGCCCCCCGAAACAACAACAACAACCAGUUCAACAACGACACCAACAACGACAACAACAACAACAACAACGUCAACAACAACAUCAACGACAACUACAACAACAACAACGACAGAAGCACCCACAACAGAACCCGAAACCGAAGCACCCACAACGCCCAUAACAGAACAACAACAAACAACAACAACAACGCCAAAAACAACAACAACAGAAGCGACCACAGAGUCGGUCACAGACGCCAUGUUGGAAUUCACGGUCAAUGUGACGUUGUCGCCGACAGUGCCGCCGACUACGGAGAUAGUCACGACAAUGACAGGCAAUGCGACAAAUGUUACUGAGGCUAGCACUGAGUCAGUGACAACGACAACAACUAGCAAUGUGACCACCGAGGCUCCGGUCACCACUACAGAACCGGUCAACAUGACCGACUACAAGGAUGUGUGUGGCCGUCGCCUUUGGCCGCAGGGGCGUAUCGUCGGCGGGACCAAGUCUGGCUUCGGGCAGUGGCCUUGGCAGAUCUCCCUGCGACAGUACAGGACAUCGACGUACCUGCAUAAGUGUGGAGCCGCCCUUUUGAACGAAAACUGGGCGAUUACGGCAGCGCAUUGUGUGGAACAUGUACCGCCAUCAGAGCUGCUAGUAAGACUGGGAGAGCAUGAUUUGGCGACAGAAGAUGAACCUUAUGGCUUCGCGGAGAGGAGAGUUCAAAUCGUGGCCAGCCACCCACACUUCGAUCCUGCUACGUUUGAAUACGAUCUGGCGUUACUGAGAUUCUACGAGCCAGUAACGUUCCAGCCGAACAUUCUCCCAGUCUGCGUUCCCGACAACGACGAAGAUUUCGUCGGAAAGACUGCGCAUGUCACUGGAUGGGGACGGCUUUACGACGACGGCCCCCUCCCGACAGUCCUGCAAGAGGUCGAGGUGCCCAUCAUAAACAAUACGGCAUGUGAGGCUAUGUACCUAGCAGCGGGAUACAAUGAACAUAUACCUAAUAUCUUCAUCUGUGCUGGCUGGAAGAAGGGCGGGUCUGACAGCUGUGAAGGUGACAGCGGCGGGCCUAUGGUGGUACAACGCGAACGCGACGGUCGAUUCGUCCUCGGUGGCGUGAUAUCCUGGGGAAUAGGCUGCGCUGAGCCCAACCAACCUGGCGUGUACACUCGCAUAUCAGAGUUCAGAGAUUGGAUCAACCAGAUAUUGCAGUUUUAGGCGUGCUGGGGAAUAUUGCCGAAGUUGAAAGCCUCCACCACACAUGAAGCGCUUUGAUAGCAUAGCAUUAGCGGACGUUAGUUACCGCCGGCGUCCGCAAGGCGCAACGCUACGCUCUCAAAACGCGCAUGUCUGACCGAGCUUUUAUAGUAGUUUUACUAUAACAGUACUCUAAAAUGUAGUGGAUUGAAAUGACUGUACUUACAGCGAUAUAAUGUCAAUCAAUGCUAAAUCUGCCCGGUGUGUAUACGCGGAUUGGAUGAACCAGAUAUUGCAAUUAUAAAUAAAUAUUGCCUAAAAUAUUAGUGGGAAAAUAUUGCCAACCCUAGUUAUAGUACAAAUGUAAUGUAAUGUGGAGAUUAUCUGUUUGUCUGACCAGAUAAGGAAAAAGUACCAGUACUCGACACGUUAACAUCUCGAGUGCCGAAACGUGGAUCCACGUUCGUAGGUAUUGGACUCUAAUUUAAAAUUAAUUAGAAUUCAAUAUCUACUAACGUGGAUCCACGUUCCGGCACACAAGAUUUUAAUGCCCAAAAGAUGACAAUAUUUUGUCACAUUUAAUGACAAUUACUUAAGAUAUAAUGUGGCUUCGAAUGGGACACUGUCGAGCACUGGCACUUUUAAUUUACGAAAAUUUAUUUAUAAUGAUUUUCUAUUAUUAGAAAAUUCAUUCAUGAAAAUUUAUUCACGACGUGAUAUCAGUAUACGCGCGUAUCUGAGUUUAGGGAUUGAUUCAAGCAGAUACUACAUUUUUAGGGGUAUUGCUGGGAAAUACUGCCAAACUUACAACCAGUGGGCUAGUUCACCACAGUGACAUUGAAAAUUCUGUAACUAGAAUUAUGAAAAAUCACUAGCUUCAGAACACGGGAGUCUAGUUUCAUUAUCAUCAUCGUAAAAUAAUGUGUUUUUUGUUUUUCACAACGACAAAAAGAAGACAACUAAAGAUUUUGUGUUUUUGCCUUUUAUGUGCUUAAGUCUUAGAAUGCAUUUAUAAAAUGUAAGAAUAUAACGAACAACGAAUUUAAUCUAGGUAGGUAGGUUAAAUAAUGAAUUAUUGUUAUUUAAUACA